AUGUCAUCACUAAGUCUAAGCAUCCUAUCCCGAUCCAGCUCCCCUCGACCCAACCCUCAAGAAGACUCUCUAGCCCGAGAAUCAGACGUCACAGUCUCCAAUAUCACCCCUAGCAAAGAAUAUCAAGGAUUCGCAAUCUGGGUAAUAUCAUCAAUCUGUCUAGGAUGUUGGAUUUGUUGGACAACCCUACCUGAAUCAAUCCUUCAUCAUCAAUUAUCAAUCUAUUAUUAUCCUGAUCGAUAUUGGGCAGUGGCUAUACCGAGUUAUUCACUUAUGCUUAUGGUAUUUAUCUAUUAUUUUUUGGCAUUGUAUAAUACUGAAGUAUUGACAUUGAAAUUGGAUGAUGUUUGUUGUAUUGUGGAUGAACAUUCACAUUUCCCCGGUGAUGUUGAUAAUGCUAAGGGGAUAGAUGUUAGUCGGCAAGAAUUGAUUGAUAGUGCGGUGGAAUAUAUACAUAAUGCACCAAGUGGUGUUUGGGACCUACCAAUUACUUUAGUAAAUGAAGUUCUCUAUAACGAUGAUGAUAACGAUAGUGACGAUGAUAAUGAUGAAAUAAAUAUUUAG